AUGUCGAAGCCCAUUGUUGUGCAAAUAUGCUGGAUGCCCGAGGAGAUUACUCAAAGGCUAGCCGAUGCUGGAACGAUUGAGCUUCGGCGCUGGUCGGCAGACGAAGAAGAUAAGAAGGAGCACACACUCUCUGCGCCGCGAGAGUGGCUGCUUGAGCAUGUUCGUGGUGCUCAUGCUCUCCUGUGCACGCCUGUGUGCAAAGUAGACGAGGACAUUAUGGAAGCUGCAGGCUCAUCACUAAAAGUGAUUUCGACUAUGAGUGUUGGAUUCGAGCACAUCGAUGUGGAUGCCGCGAAGAAGCGUGGGAUUCGUAUUGGGUACACGCCUGACGUACUCUCGAAUGCUGUGGCUGACCUGUCGUUGGUCCUGUGCCUGAAUGUGAUGCGCCAUGUUAUGGAAAGCUACACUGUUGUGAAGCAAGGCAACUGGCACAAUGUGCCUUGGACACCAAUGACGUAUACAGGUCCUGCCCUGGAAGGCAAAGUCGUGGGCUUCAUCGGGUUUGGCAGUAUCGCCCAAGCUCUUGUGCGAAAGCUAAUGGCUUUCCGUCCAGCACAAAUCCUGUAUCGUACAUCAAGCUCUCGCCCCUUCGACUGGCACGACAAGUAUUUCCGCCACCUUGCGCAAGACGAUCUGCUUCAGUGCUACUACCAACAGCAUCAACGUCUCCCUGUCCCAGUCGACAAUGAGCCGGAUCUCCAGGCCCUAGCGCAGAAAUGCGAUGUGAUCUUCAUCAUUGCCAACCUGACCCCGUCGACCAAGCACAUGAUCAACACCUCGUUCCUUCAGACGAUGAAAAAAUCGGCCUACCUUAUCAAUGUGGGGCGUGGUCCUAUUAUCGAUACAGAGGCUCUGGUGGAAGCUCUGCGCGAAAAUUGGAUUGCUGGCGCCGGUUUGGACGUUGUCGAGGGCGAACCAUUUGUUUCGAAGGGUCACCCCCUUUUGGCGCCUGACAUGCUAGACAAAGUGAUGCUGCUCUCGCACAUUGCCAGCGCAACUAUUGAGUCUCGUCGUGGCAUGGCCAAAUGGACAGCUCAGAAUGCCUUUGGUGCUCUGGGUCUACGUGAUGAUGGUCCUCCUGAGGAAAUGCCUAGCGAAUUAAAGUUCUAA